UAAGGGGUGGGGCUGUGGAGGCCGGACCCGGAAGCGGCGCGGCUGAGUCACGGCGGCGGCGGCGUUGAGGCAGUGAUCGCGGCUGGUGGCGGUAUUGUCGGUGUCGUCCUUCGGCGCGUGAGGAGCCUCCCUGCGCUCUCCCGUCCGCCCGCCUUCAGUCCGCCCGUGCCGCGCCCCAGCCCCGCCGCCACCAUGAUGGAGGAGAUAGACCGGUUCCAGGUGCCCGCCGUGCGCGCCGAGAUGCAGCCGCUGGAUCCAACAGCUGCAUCUAUUUCGGACAGAGAUUGUGAUACGAGGGAGGGAGAGACUGUAGCCAUGAACUAUAAGCCGUCCCCACUUCAAGUGAAAUUAGAGAAGCAGAGAGAGCUGGCUCGGAAGGGCUCCCUGAAGAAUGGCAACAUGGGAAGCCCAGUUAAUCAGCAGCCCAAGAAGAACAACGUGAUGGCACGAACAAGGCUCGUCGUUCCCAAUAAAGGCUAUUCAUCAUUAGACCAGAGUCCAGAUGAAAAGCCACUGGUAGCCCUGGAUACAGACAGUGAUGAUGACUUUGACAUGUCCAGAUAUUCCUCCUCGGGAUACUCAUCAGCUGAGCAGAUCAACCAAGACUUGAACAUCCAGCUGCUAAAGGAUGGGUACCGGUUAGAUGAGAUCCCAGAUGACGAGGACCUCGACCUAAUCCCCCCUAAAUCGGUCAACCCAACCUGCAUGUGUUGCCAAGCCACCUCCUCCACCGCCUGUCACAUCCAGUAGUGAGGCCGGCAGGCUGUGAUCAAUGCUUUCCACUAUAACUGUAAAACUUAACAGCCAUUGCUUCCUCCUAUGGUAGGACGUGCACCUCUUUGUGUUCAUGGAGCCAGGAGAAACCAAAAAAUGCAUUUUAUGAUUG